AUUAACCUAAUAUUAACACUUCUAAUCAACUCUACCCUAGCAACCGUAGUAGUACUAAUUGCCUUUUGAUUACCACAAUUAUAUCUAUAUCUAGAAAAAUCAAGCCCCUAUGAGUGUGGCUUUGACCCCCUAGGAUCUGCCCGCCUACCCUUCUCUAUAAAAUUCUUCCUAGUAGCUAUUACAUUCUUAUUAUUUGAUUUAGAAAUCGCCCUCCUCCUACCUCUUCCCUGAGCUAUCCAACUACCUACUGCUAAUACUAUUCUCUUCCUAUCAUAUUUCAUCAUCAUUCUACUGACAGGAGGCCUAGCAUACGAAUGGUUCCAAAAAGGCCUUGAAUGAACUGAAU